AUGGGAUCUAUUUCGGAACCUGGGAAAGUAACAGGUCGUAGGUCCGAGUUCCAAUCGAGGAGUUCCAUCGUAUUGAUACAAGAAGGUGUCGAGAUUCAAAACAUACCGAACUCGAUUGAUGAAAUAUUAGACGAUGUGUCGCACGAUGACGUUCACAUUUUCCCGAGUUUCAUCGAAUUCACGGAGGCCAGCGAAGGAAUUACGUGCUAUCAGAACAUAACUAUAAAAAACACAGGCAGUAAACCAGCCUUCGUCAAAGUCCAUCAACCCAACUCAAUGGAAUUUAAAUUCAAAACUUUCUACGGACAACGUCUGGCGAGAGAAGCAAAAGUGUUGUUUAGAUAUCUCAUUUUAUAGGCAUUCCAGGUAAAAUCUCUGAGAAAGGGAGUAAUGGUCAAUCCUGGUCUCUCUGUACGUUCGACCGUGACGUAUUCCUUCAAACGACCCUCUUUCUUACGCGCGAUGAUCCCGAUCGAAAUUAAUGGGAAGAUCAUCGAUUAUCUGGUCAUUUGCAAGUUAUUAGUCGAAGGUAUCAGUGUCGAGCCGAAAUCGCUGGACUUCGGCAUCGUCGACAUCGAUUACUCUGCUGGGAUCAAAGUACUCACUCUCAAGAACGAGGGUGGCAAGAGUACCAGAUUCUCGAUCGAUCUCGGUACGAAUGAUUUAGAAAUCACGGUGAAGCCCAUGCGUGGAAUCGUCAAGCCCAACAGAGAUGUUCAAAUCACCGUCGAGCUGAUCGGCUUGAACGAAGGCACAUUUUUCAGCGAAUUUUGGAUCAAGUCUGUUCCCAACAUACGCGUCCCCUUCAAAGUGGAAGUGAUCGUACCGAAACUGGUGAUCUAUCACCCGAAUGCGACCGGCGAUUUCACUCUUAUUGAUUUCUCACAGACCGUCGCGAACACCCGCAAGUACGAUUCGUUCGUUCUGAGAAACGUCUCGUCUCAAGUAGCGAGCUACGUGGUUCUGGGCGAGAUCGACAACGAGAUAAAAUGCAUUCGCGACAUCGAUCCUAAAAAGUAUCCCGUAUAUAGCGCCUUCGAAAUUCGACCGAUACAAGGUCGCAUAGGACCGUUCGAAGGUAUCAUUUUUGAAGUAGGCUUUGCACCAACGUACAGUUUAAUGCUGUGGCGAGAGAAGUUGAAAGAGAAAUCAGACAGACGAGAGAACGAUUUCAUGGCCUUUUUAAGAAUCGUCAGAGUACACGUCACCGAAAAGAAGGAUAUUUUGAGUAAUCAUAUUUCGAAAAUCUUCACCUACUUUUUAACGAGCGUAUGAGACGACGAGUUUUAUUAUAAAAAAAAUGUAGGAGAAGCUGAAGUGGCAGAAGACGACCCUCUGGCAGAAACUAGUCUCCAUCACAAACAGCACGUGCCGAUCAUACGCGACGACAGUUCGUCCUCGUCCUCCGAAUCUAGUACGGACUCUGUGUUGAACGACGUAGUGAGACUUUGCCUUCACGGCGAAGUGGAAGAGGCCCGCCUCGGUUUCGAGCCGGACAUCCUCUAUUUUGGCGAACUGUACGUCGGCCAAGAUUCCCAACGUGUCGUGCGCGUAUCGAAUCCACUGAAAUUCGCACCUCUGGUGUGCCGGUACGUGCGCAACGCAUCGGCCCGUUGCUAUCCGGAGAUGACAACGUUGAAGCCAUCAGGCUCGAUAGAGUUACUCGUGAAAGUCAGAGGAAAGGAGAACGUUGAGUCGUCGUUCGAAAUUUACUUCGACGCCGUAGCGGACUCCUGCGAGUCGACCAAAACCAGGCGCCGGACAAAGAUCAAAGUAGGAUGUUACUCUGUUCAGUGCGCGGUAAGCGUGAAGCUGGUCGUGACCAAGAAGAGAUCGUGCUUAUCGGAAGGAAGAACGAUUUUUACGGAUUACGCGCUCUAUUACGGAGGUAAUCGAUACGUUGGAACACUCGUCAUCGAUUUAACUUGGUCCAUGCAUUUUUCUACACAGUUUCGUGUCAGUCUGGUAUUUUACAGACUUAAAUGAAAUACCAAAAGUAACGCAAAGGAAACGAUCGCUACCAAAGGUCGCAGUAAGUCCUACGAAUUUCUAACGAUUAUUUCACGGUUCUAUCCGCAACUGAUGUUUCGUCAGAUUAAACCGAAAGAAGAAGUUGUUAUAGAUAACUUCGAUAGCGGAAUCGAAGAGAAGACCCUUUACAUUCCCAAGUGGAAAUAUAGAAAUGUUUCGGACGUAGUGGACUGCGCGACUUAUUUUAAGGAGAAGGUCGAAAUACUUGAGACCGGGACCGAGGUACUGAUACCUCUGUCCCCGUUGCAGAUAUACAACGUACGCAUGUACCCCAGCCUGUUCUCUUUCGGAAUGGUCGUCCCGAAGAGCCAUAAUUAUCGGCAACUGAUCGCGGAGAAUCUGAACGAAUUCCCGAUCAUGAUUCGCUUGACGAGCUUGUCCUCCAGAUGCAUCAACUUCCCAGAGGGAAAUUUGAUCGUUCUACCACCGGGUUCGAUAGUCAAGCGGCUGGUCGAGUUCCGGGCGCAUCACUUCGGCAAAUUCAACGGCUACAUCGAUUAUACUAUUAACGACAAUCAUUCGUUCGAGCUUGGCGUCACUGCCGACAUCGUCGAGAAACAAUUCUCGCUCGACACGCGGGAAGUAAUUUUCGGCAAAGACUGGCUAAAAGAGGAGAUCUACCAUCCGAUGGAUCACGCCGUUCAGAUCAGGAACAGACUGAACGCGAGAACCUACUUCCGGUGGGAAGUGCCGAGCACUUGUUGCUUCUUCGUCGAACCGUUGUCGGGCAUCGUCCGCGGGGACGCCUCGCUCUUUACCUACAUUUAUUACAAGCCGGACGUCAGGAGGGCCACAUGCACGGAACUGACAAUGAAGUGCGAGAGCAGCAGUUACAUCACUAUUCGACUGAGCAUGUCGCUGCCAACGCCGAAGGCCGGUUUCGUCAUGGAUAACAUAGACGUCGGUGAAAUACCGCUCAACUUGCCGUCGAAGACCGUCGCUUUCCUACGUAAUUUCGAGUUUAUCGAGGUCGAAUACGAGGUAGACUCGGCAAGUUUGAUGCACGGAUGCGUCGUCGAGCCUCUCCACGGAGUGCUACAGCCUCGUGGAGUGACCGCGCUCGAGAUCACUCUAAAAUUCGCCGUUUGCUGUCGUUUCGUAACGGUGGUCCGCGUGACCCUGCAAAAGCAAUUGGUCCUCCUAGUAAAGAUCGUCGGCACCGUGUCGUUCCCGCAAUUAAAACUGCACCCGUCUUCUAUAAAUCUCCGACGGAUAAGUGCAUCCGCGUAUCAACAUUACGUGAUAACAGCGAGCAACACCGGAACGACUGUCCUCAAGCUGAACUUCUCGUUGGAAGAGUAUCCAGAAUUCUGGCUAUCUCUCUCCUCGCGAAGACAAGACCCCGCUUUAGAAGACAUCGAGAGCACAUUUAUCGCGCCAGGCGCGAGCCGCGACUAUCAUCUCCAUUUCGAGCCGAUUGAUUUGGCUAGCUACGCGUUCUACCUGCCGUUAGUCAUGAACGACAUACUUGGACCGGCAAACAUGAUAAACCCCAGAACCCUGAAGCCUACGGAAUACUUGAAACAAUUCAAAGAACAUUACGACUCUCCUGAAUUCGUUCUACAGAAGUUACCUCAGAAGCUCGUAACGCUGUCCAUCGACUGCACCGUCGCGGGGCACGUUAUCUUCUUCAACAAAUUAGUGUUCGAAUUCAGCGUCUCGCAAAACAACAUCGCAGAGGAAUUCUACAUAGAAAAUCGCGAUUCGCGUGACGAGAGAUCCGUGCAAAUAGACACUAGGAACUUCGGGACCGUCGUCUGUCCGUUCUUCCUUCGAUGGACCAGCGGUAAAGAACCGAUCGUCACCGUCGACUGCGUUCAAUGCUCCUUGGGACCAGGGGAGAAAACGUGUUUCACAUUGGAGUUUCAUCCGAAGACGAGGGGUCAUUUUACGCUCGAGGCACCCAUGUAUGUUCGCGACGAACUGGACGGCGAAAUGUUCAACAAACUGUGUCUGGUCGGCAAUUACCCGGUCAGCCACAUACAAGCCGAGGUGCCGGAGAUCUAUUUCAUGCCGGUACCACUGAACACGGCGACCGAGAAGAAGUUCUCGCUCGUCGCGAGGCACGUCGACAAGGACACGACCAUCACGGCGAGGGUAUUGCCACCCGAGUGUCAGAGCGGAUUCUAUUCCAAAGAUUGCCUGUCCGUCAGUUUCAUAGAGACCGACGUCGCGUCUUCGGCCGAGUUUUCAGAAUUGAACGUGAAAGUAGUGUUCAAGAGCGAGACGUCCGUCUCGUUCCGGACUGCGAUCGAAUUUUCGAACAGCACUGACAUCGGCGCUUGCUCGGUGUACGUCUAUGCCACAGCGGACAAUUGCCUGUUGACCACCCAUACGUAUCUGAGAAAUCCGAAUCUAGACUUCCACUGGACGGCCAGCCUCGAGAAGUCAAUAUCUCGCACCUCCGAAUCUGUGUCCGACGACGAGGACUACGACGUUUAUUCACCGAGAAGCAGGAAACAGUCAGUACCGAGAAUAAGCAUUCUAUCCUACUUCGGAUUAAAGAGCCGAGACUCUGCCGAAAGACUGAUGGAGAAUAAACUCAGGCUGACUGCGUUCGAUUCGGAUGUCUCGCUGGAGAAGAACGAUCAAAACGACGUUCAGAAGAGCGAAGCGGACAAGAAGGUGGAAAAGCUGAGUUCAGACCGUUCCAUAAAAUCGUCGUCGAGUAAAUUUGAGGAAAUCUUUGAGACACUCGAACAUCCUUACUUCCCCCUCGGCGAUGAACACGACGAGUACGUGAUUUAUAUGAAUCAGACCAUAAAAGCCGUGGAGGAAUGGCUUUACAGUGGGCCUUUCAAAUUCAGUUUUUACCCGGUGAUCCUCAGCGGUAUCACGAUGUCGCUGUCGAAGUAUUAUUCGAAGAAACCGGUGCAGUUCAAAGCUACGAGUCGUAUGGCACCGGAGUUGAGUAUGUCCUUUAUAGGCGUUCUUGGAUUUCUGGUAGGGCCAGCGAUCGAGAGUUCCAUUGGAAAAUUCAGCAAGAAUCUGCCGAAAAAGGAAGUCGAAAGAGCAAAUUGUGUGUUCUCCCUCUACGACAAUAUUCUCAACUUCUUGAUAAAUCACGGGGCUCAUUUAUGCCACGUUUCGGCACAGUAUUUGAUACACUACGACGACUAUGUCCUGCUCAUGGAAAACACGCGUUCAAAAAUUCGAAAAUCUCAUGUCUCAAUGGAAUCCGGACAAGAGAAAUUGUCGCAGUUGAAAUUCGAGGCUCGAAGCAAGCAAUGCUGGCUGGACGUUAUAUUACAAACAUUUAAAUGCUUCGUGCUGUCGAGAAUUCGUAUAAAGAAACUCAGCGAAGACAGUUCCCCCGUGCCCUAUUCCAGGCGAUCUACUUUCCGAUCAUCCGGCGCCGCCUCGUCCUUAAUGAGUGUCCGUAAAUAUUUCGAGGCCCACGAAACUAUCAUACGAAAUAUCAACACUGAACUCUCUUACAAGCUAUCCAGCAAUAAUUAUUCCACCGCGGAAUUGUUCUUACUGUCUUGGCUGCGUGGUCAUUACGAUGAGGAACGAAAGAAAGAGUGGAUGAUCGAUCGUCGUGUAAUAUUAAAUCCCAACGAGACCAAAGACGUAGCAGGCGAACGUAAAGUCCAGAACUUCGACACGGAUUUAUCCGAUUCCGUCGUGCUGAUCACGGUCACAGCCUCCUACUGCCCCUUCGUCAUCGAGGAUUAUCUGUCCAACCGUUAUAUUCAACCGCGAAAUUACGAGGAAUCGUUGCACAACGCUAUAUGCGUGGUGAACGCAUGGAGGAAAAUACGUCUUGGCUUCGUUAUUUCGCCAUUAGAGAUCGUAUACCCAAACUGCAUUAAAAUGCUGAUGCUGGUCACGUAUCUGUACAACAUGCUUCCGACUUACACCCCGAGAACCAAGAUCAAAUUCAGCUGCGCGUUGUCCGAAACCGUGACGAGACAAAUAAGUUUCACGAACCCGACUAAUCACAGCGUCAGCUUUUUAAUAAUGUUCUUCGGUAACAACCAUGGAUUUUUCAAAGCCGGGACUACGAAUCCGAUUAUGCAUCUGAACGCUCAUGAGAGCACCGUGAUGAAAAUACAUUUUUAUGCGAACAAAAUUAAGAAGACUAAAGCUUAUCUGUUGUUUUGCGGAUCGACGAUCGGUCCUAACUUCGGUAGAAAUCAGGUAUUCGUACUGGAAGGCCAAGCCGAUAGUUUAGGAGUUUCGAACGAAUACACGAUAUGCAGCAAACUGUAUCAAGUGGUCGACAAAGUCCUGACGAUCAACGUGCAUUACGAAAAUUCGAUUGAAUACGAGAUCUGGAUGUCAGAGGAACGUCCGACCAAACCGAGUGUUCUAAAGCAGACGCGAUGGUCCGAAUUGAGCUUGAGAAAAAUACCGAGGCGAUUGUUCAUAAAUCAAAAGUCGAUCGUGGUCAAAGAAGACACGAUGCAAGCUCCUUUGUCGGUCACGGUGGCGUGUAUCACACCGUGUCAUCGAAGCUUUUGGAUCAUUUUUCAAUCGAAGAUAGGCGACUUCAUCAUACAGAUAAAUACGCAUUGGCAAACGACGUUGACCGACGAUAUCGUGGUUGAAUGGGACGAGCAGGUAGAAAAAUGUAUUUGCACGGACCAAGAUUAUCACGAGAUGUGCCCAUUGAAUCUGGCUGUACCCAUACCUUCGAGAAACACACAACUUUGGAGUUGCGUCGGUCAUAUGUUUCAAAAGACUCUCGAUCCGAAAGAGCGACUGUUUUGGUCUCGGUACCUAGACACGCAUAUCGGCUUGCGUUUAAUUCACUGGUUAAUGGGAGACAGCGCAGAUUCUGCAGCUAUGGAAUUCACUCACAUAUUCGAUGCGACGGUCACUUACAAUGUAACGAUAUCCGAGUCAUCCCACAUCCUCAAUUACCCCAAGACGUUCACGAUAAACGACGUGAGACCCUCCACAGAAAGCAUUCCAAUGCAUAUUCACAUCUCGCCGCUCAUAGGGCAGUUACACGAAAUAACGUUGAAAUUGAUCUCUGUUGAUGGUAACGAACGAAGAGUGUACACGAUUAGUUUCUUGCGCGUCUGAUAGUGAGAAUUAUUACGAAAAACGCUAGAAACAGCUAACAAGUAUUUAAACAGAUGAAAUUAAUUUCAUUUACGAAACCAGAAAUUUCAUGUUGGAAAUACUUCUCGCUGAUCCAGCAUAUUUCGCGUUUCAAAUAUUUUUCUUUGUACUAAUCAUAUUUGAGUCAUUGUAUACACGUUGUAAUGCAUUAUACCAUAUUUGAAUAAAAGUAUUUAGAUAAUAAA